UCAUCCCAUCAUCCCCAGUUACCAUUGCUCUCUUUCUUCACUUAUUUUGUGAAUUGUUUGGUUACACUCACUCAUCCAUGUUCAUUCCCAACUACUACUACUACUACUUCUUUUUCACUUUCUCUGUCUCUCACACUAUCUAACAACCAUAAACGAGGAUAUCACUGCAUCAGUGUCAGAGUUUCAUCCAUGGCCUUUUGAGGAGUGAUAACAGCUAGAAGUGAUACAGAUUGAUAAAUUGAGGUAUCAAGAUGUCUUAUCGAAGGGGGUCUGAUCAGCCACCACAAAGGCGGAUACUGCGGACUCAGACUGCUGGGAAUUUAGGAGCUGACCCGAUCUUGGACAGUGAAGUGGUUCCUUCAUCACUUGUUGAGAUAGCUCCAAUCCUCCGUGUCGCUAAUGAAGUAGAGGCUAGCAAUAAAAGAGUUGGUUAUCUCUGUCGGUUUUAUGCCUUUGAACUAGCUCACAGACUAGAUCCGCAAUCAAGUGGGCGUGGUGUUCGCCAAUUCAAAACCGCUCUUCUUCAGCGUCUAGAGAAGGAAAAUGUCACAACACAAGAGGGAAGGAAAAAGAGUGAUGCUCGUGAAAUGCAAGCUUUUUAUAGGCAGUACUAUGAAAAGUAUAUUCAAGCAUUAGAUAAGGCUGCUGAUAAGGACCGUGCACAGCUCACAAAAGCAUAUCAAACUGCUGCUGUUUUAUUUGAGGUAUUGAAGGCAGUUAAUCGAAUAGAAGAUAUUCCAGUAUCUGAUGAGAUUAUGGAAGCUCAUAUUAAGGUUGAGGAACAGAAGCAAUUAUAUGCCCCUUAUAAUAUUUUGCCACUUGAUCCCAAUAGUGGAAAAGAGGCUAUAAUGAGAUAUCAUGAGAUUCAAGCUUCUGUUUCUGCACUCCGUAAUACCAGGGGUUUGCCUUGGCCAAAGGAACAUGGCAACAAAGUAAAUGAAGACAUUCUGGACUGGCUUCAGCUGAUGUUUGGUUUCCAGAAAGACAAUGUGGAAAAUCAAAGAGAGCACUUGAUUCUUUUGCUUGCGAAUGUACAUAUACGACAAGUUCCAAAGCCUGAUCAACAACCCAAGUUGGACGAUCGUGCUUUAAAUGAAGUGAUGAAGAAACUAUUUAGAAACUACAAAAAAUGGUGCAAGUAUUUGGGUCGCAAAAGUAGCCUUUGGUUGCCAACCAUUCAGCAGGAAAUGCAACAGCGAAAAUUAUUAUAUAUGGGUCUAUAUCUUCUUAUAUGGGGAGAAGCUGCAAAUUUGAGAUUUAUGCCAGAAUGCCUUUGUUAUAUCUACCAUCAUAUGGCAUUUGAGUUGUAUGGGAUGUUAGCUGGGAAUGUUAGUCCACUGACUGGUGAACCUGUAAAGCCUGCCUAUGGUGGUGAUAAUGAGGCUUUUCUUAUGAAAGUAGUGAAACCAAUAUAUGAUGUAAUAGCCAAGGAAGCUAAGAGAAGUAAUAUGGGAAAAGCAAAGCAUUCUCACUGGAGAAACUAUGAUGAUUUAAAUGAAUAUUUUUGGUCAGUUGAUUGUUUUCGGCUAGGUUGGCCUAUGCGUGUUGACUCUGAUUUCUUCUCUGUUCCUUUCCCUCAGCAGGAACGUCAAGUUAACAAAGACGAGGAAAACAGAGGUCCUGCUUCAGACCGGUGGAGUGGGAAAACUAAUUUUGUUGAAAUACGCACAUUUUGGCAUAUAUUUAGAAGUUUUGAUAGAAUGUGGAGCUUUUAUAUACUCUGUUUACAGGCAAUGAUAAUCAUUGCUUGGAAUGGUUCUGGCGAAUUAAGCUCAAUAUUUAGGGGUGAUGUUUUCAAGCAAGUUCUCAGCAUCUUCAUAACUGCUGCAAUAUUGAAGCUUGCACAAGCCAUUCUGGACAUAUUCCUUAGUUGGAAAGCAAGGAAAGUCAUGUCGCUUCAUGUCCAGCUGCGGUAUAUAUUUAAGGCAAUUUUAGCUGCAGCUUGGGUCAUAAUUUUACCAGUCACUUAUGCUUACAGUUGGAAAAAUCCAUCUGGCUUUGCACAAACCAUAAAGAAUUGGUUUGGCAAUGGUACAGGUUCCCCUUCUUUGUUCAUUUUGGCUGUCUUCAUCUACUUAUCUCCAAAUAUACUCUCUGCACUGUUAUUUGUGUUCCCAUUCAUUCGCCAGUUUCUUGAGAGGUCUAACAAUGGUGUUGUGAAGCUCAUGAUGUGGUGGUCUCAGCCUCGGCUCUUCGUUGGAAGAGGAAUGCAGGAGGGUCCAAUUUCAUUGUUGAAGUACACUUCUUUCUGGGUUAUGCUAAUUCUAUCUAAACUAGCAUUCAGCUACUACCUGGAGAUUAAGCCUCUUGUGGCUCCAACAAAAGCCAUCAUGAAUGCUCAUGUAUCAGUUUACAGAUGGCAUGAGUUCUUCCCUCAUGCCAGAAACAAUAUUGGUGUAGUGAUUGCAAUAUGGUCCCCUAUCAUACUUGUCUACUUUAUGGAUACACAGAUUUGGUAUGCUAUCUUCUCUACAAUAGUAGGAGGCAUAUAUGGUGCAUUUCGACGUUUGGGAGAGAUUCGAACAUUGGAAUUACUGAGGUCUCGGUUUGAAUCAAUUCCGGGUGCUUUUAAUGCUUGCUUGAUUCCCACAGAACAGACUGAGAAGAAAAAAAAGAGGGGAUUAAAGGCCACUUUUUCUCGGAGAUUUGAUCAGGUUGCUUCUAAUAAAGAGAAGGAAUCUGCAAGGUUUGCACAGUUAUGGAACAAAAUAAUCACUAGUCUGAGGGAGGAGGACCUAAUUGAUAACAGGGAGAUGGAUCUCAUGCUUGUACCAUAUUCGGCCGACCGUUCUUUGAACCUCAUCCAGUGGCCACCUUUCUUACUUGCUAGCAAGAUCCCAAUAGCAGUGUCCAUGGCCCAAGACAGUUUAGGAAAAGGACAAGAACUGGAGAAAAGAUUGUUAAGAGACAAGUACAUGAAAUCUGCAGUUGAGGAAUGCUAUGCUUCUUUUAAAAGUAUUAUUAACUUCUUGGUUCUUGGAGAACGUGAGACGAUGGUUAUACAGAAUAUUUUUCAAAGAGUUGAUGAGCACAUAGAAAACAAAGCUGUGCUGAAUGAAUUGAAUUUGAGUGCUGUCCCCAGUCUAUAUGAACGAUUUGUUAAACUGAUUGAACGUUUGUUGGAGAACAAAGAGGAGGACAAGGAUUCAAUUGUGAUUUUCUUGCUUGACAUGCUAGAGAUUGUGACCAGAGACAUAAUGGAUGGAGACAUUGAGGGUUUGCUAGAUUCAAGCCAUGGUGGGUCUUAUGGAAAAGAUGAAAGGUUCACACCCCUUGAAAAACAAUAUAAGUUUUUUGGCAAACUUCAAUUUCCUGUCAAAACAGAUAUUGAUGCUUGGGCAGAGAAAAUAAAAAGGCUUCAGUUACUGCUUACUGUCAAGGAGUCAGCUAUGGAUGUUCCGUCCAACUUGGAUGCUAGGAGGCGUAUAUCUUUCUUCUCUAAUUCAUUGUUUAUGGAUAUGCCACCUGCUCCCAAAGUUCGGAAUAUGUUGUCCUUCUCUGUCUUGACACCAUACUUUGAUGAAGCUGUUCUUUUCUCCCUAAAUAAUCUGGAAAAGCAAAAUGAAGACGGAGUCUCUAUCCUCUUUUACUUGCAAAAGAUAUUUCCAGAUGAAUGGAAAAAUUUUGUUCAACGUUUUGAUAAUAAAAGUGAAGAAAAACUCAGAGUAGAGAAUGAAGAAGAUCUUCGUUUAUGGGCAUCAUACAGAGGCCAGACAUUGACCAAAACUGUCCGAGGAAUGAUGUAUAUCCGACAAGCAUUGGAGCUACAGGCUUUUCUUGAUAUGGCAAAGGAUGAAGAAUUAAUGAAAGGUUACAAGGCUGCAGAACUAGAGAGCAUGGAAAGUACAACUGGUGAGCGGUCACUGUGGACACAAUGCCAAUCAUUAGCUGACAUGAAGUUCACUUACGUAGUUUCAUGUCAACAAUAUAGUAUUCAUAAGCGAUCUGGUGAUUCUAGGGCAAAAGAAAUUUUAAAGCUUAUGAUUAAGUACCCAUCUCUUCGAGUUGCUUACAUUGAUGAGGUUGAAGAGCAUAUCAAAGAUUCAUCCCGAAAAACAGACAAGGUUUAUUAUUCAGCUCUAGUAAAAGCUGCAUUACCAUCAAAAUCAAAUGAUUCCUCUGAAACAGUUCAGAGUUUAGACCAGGUAAUUUACAAGAUAAAGCUUCCAGGACCUGCAAUAUUGGGUGAGGGGAAGCCAGAAAAUCAAAACCAUGCCAUCAUUUUCACACGUGGGGAAGGCUUGCAAACAAUUGAUAUGAAUCAGGAUAAUUAUAUGGAAGAAGCUUUCAAAAUGAGGAAUUUGCUACAAGAAUUCCUCAAACAACAUGAUGGUCCAAGAAUGCCGACAAUACUUGGACUCAGAGAGCAUAUAUUUACUGGCAGUGUUUCAUCCCUUGCAUGGUUUAUGUCCAAUCAAGAGCAUAGUUUUGUGACAAUUGGACAAAGAUUGUUGGCUUAUCCCUUGAAAGUGCGGUUCCAUUAUGGCCAUCCGGAUGUGUUUGAUAGACUUUUCCACCUGACAAGAGGGGGUGUAAGCAAGGCUUCUAAAGUCAUCAACUUGAGUGAGGAUAUAUUUGCAGGUUACAAUUCUACAUUACGUGAAGGCAAUGUCACUCAUCAUGAGUACAUACAAGUUGGUAAAGGAAGGGAUGUGGGUCUUAACCAGAUAUCAAUGUUUGAAGCAAAAAUCGCUGCUGGGAAUGGUGAGCAGACAAUGAGUAGAGACAUAUACAGGCUUGGACACCGUUUUGAUUUCUUCCGAAUGCUAUCUUGUUAUUACACUACCAUUGGCUUCUAUUUCAGUACCUUGAUAACUGUCCUCACAGUUUAUGUAUUCCUUUAUGGACGCCUCUAUCUUGCCCUUAGUGGAGUUGAAGAAAGUUUGAACAAACAAAGAGCUAUACGAGACAACAAAGCUCUUCAAGUAGCUCUUGCUUCUCAGUCAGUUGUGCAGAUUGGAUUUUUGUUAGCCUUGCCUAUGUUGAUGGAAAUUGGCUUGGAGAGGGGAUUUCGUGAGGCUUUAAGUGAAUUUGUACUAAUGCAACUACAGUUGGCUCCUGUAUUUUUCACAUUUUCUCUUGGAACAAAAACACACUAUUAUGGAAGGACAUUGCUUCAUGGAGGUGCAGAGUACAAAGGCACUGGUCGUGGUUUUGUGGUGUUUCAUGCCAAAUUUGCUGAUAACUAUAGGCUCUAUUCUCGCAGCCAUUUUGUUAAAGGGAUUGAAUUGAUGAUUCUGCUUGUGGUCUACCAUAUAUUUGGCCAUGGAUACAGAGGAGUGGUUGCCUAUAUUUUAAUUACCGUAACCAUGUGGUUCAUGGUAGGGACAUGGCUUUUUGCUCCAUUCCUUUUCAAUCCAUCAGGUUUUGAGUGGCAGAAGAUAGUUGAUGACUACACAGAUUGGCAAAAAUGGAUAAGCAACCGUGGAGGCAUUGGUGUAUCUCCUCAAAAAAGUUGGGAAUCCUGGUGGGAAAAGGAACAUGAGCAUCUCCGGCACUCUGGCAAGCGCGGUAUCGCUACUGAGAUAAUAUUAGCCCUCCGCUUUUUCAUUUAUCAAUAUGGCCUGGUAUAUCACCUUUCAGUCACUGAUGAGAAGACUCAAAGUGUUUUGGUUUAUGGUCUUUCAUGGCUGAUAAUCUUUGUAAUAUUGGGUUUAAUGAAGGGUGUAUCUGUUGGCAGGCGCCGCCUCAGUGCAGACUACCAGCUUCUAUUUCGGUUGAUUGAGGGUUCUAUUUUCUUAACAUUCCUUGCCAUCUUCAUAAUCCUAAUACUACUGGCCAAUAUGACAAUUAAGGACAUAAUAGUCUGCAUUCUUGCAGUCAUGCCAACAGGCUGGGGAAUGCUGCUGAUUGCACAAGCUUGCAAGCCUCUCAUUGAAAAAACUGGGUUUUGGGGGUCUGUUCGAGCACUUGCUCGCGGAUAUGAAGUAAUAAUGGGCUUGCUUCUCUUCACACCAGUUGCUUUCUUGGCAUGGUUCCCAUUUGUUUCAGAGUUUCAAACCAGAAUGCUUUUCAACCAAGCUUUCAGCAGAGGUUUGCAGAUUUCUCGUAUUCUUGGUGGACAAAGAAGUGAACGCUCCUCCAACCACAAAGAGUGACACUGAAGUUUCAUUUUCAUCUGUUAUCUUUAUUAUCAAACGUUUCAACCACGUGUGGUUGCAUUAUUAUAAGAGUUUCAUAUAUUCUUUAAAUGAUGUGCCCACACAAAUUGGAUGAUAAUGAAAGAUAAUAAGAUGUUUAGUUUAUUCAUCAUAUAUAUAUAUAUAUAUAUAUAUAUACACACUUGCGAUUUUGUACAUGCUUUAGUAUGGAUUACAGUUUAAAAGUUGUAUCAGAACAGGUAGGCUCUCUAUUCUGUAAAUUGUGCUAGGUUUUAUAAUUUAUAAUAUAGAGUUUAAAUGCCUUUUAACUAUCCA